AUUGUAAAUAAAAAAAUAAGAUGUCUCGUAUUGUUUACUGAGCACUUUAGCAAAUCGGUUUAAUGAAAAAACAAAAAACAGCGGCGUCAGACUCGUCGGUUUCCCGUCCAGAGGUCGUCCAGCUGCCCGCCUGAUCAGAAGUGGCUUCGGUUGCGGUUGGCUGGCUGUCAGUCUGUGGGAGCGGUGACAGCUCAACGGGUCGUUUUAUCUUUAGCUUUGUGCCCAAUACAGUCGCCACAAUGUUCGAGGAAGCCAGCGAGGUGUUCGAUAACAUGUUUAAAUCUUCGUUUCCCUUUACCUUCAUCGUCUUUAUCCCGGCGGUGCUGAUCCUGGUGUCUCCGCUCCCGGCCGAGGCGUCGCACGAGUUCACGGUGUACCGCAUGCAGCAGUACGACCUACAGGGACAGCCGUACGGUACCAGGAACGCCAUCCUGAACACGGAGGCCCGUACUGUGGAGGCAGAGGUGCUAAGUCGUCGCUGUGUAAUCAUGCGGCUGGCGGACUUCUCCUAUGACAAGUACCAGAAAGCCCUGCGCCAGUCAGCGGGGGCUGUGGUCAUCAUCCUGCCAAGGAACAUGUCUGCUAUGCCGCAAGACAUAGUGCAGCAGUUCAUGGAGUUGGAGCCUGAGAUGUUGGCUACUGAGACCAUCGUCCCCGUCUACUUCGCCAUGGAGGAUGACGAGCUGCUGUCUAUCUACACACAGACGCUGACCUCCUCAUCCUCACAGGGCUCCUUAUCAGCAGCCGAAGUCCUGCUGCAUACGGCCACAGCCAACGGCUUUCAGAUGGUGACCAGUGGAGCUCAGAGCAAAGCCGUCAGUGACUGGGCCAUCACCAGUUUAGAGGGCCGUCUGGCUGGAGUUGGAGGAGAGGACCUCCCCACCAUCGUGGUGGUGGCUCAUUACGACUCCUUUGGUGUUGCUCCGUGGCUGUCAUACGGAGCAGACUCAAACGGCAGCGGAGUGUCCAUGUUACUGGAACUGGCCCGACUCUUCUCCAAACUCUACACCUACAAGAGGACGCACGCCGCGUACAACCUGCUGUUCUUUCUGUCCGGCGGAGGAAAGUUUAACUACCAGGGCACCAAACGCUGGCUGGAGGACAAUUUAGACCACACAGACUCCAGUCUGCUGCAGGAUAACGUAGCCUUUGUGUUGUGUCUGGAUACUUUGGGGAACGGAGACUCUCUGCACCUCCAUGUGUCCAAACCCCCCAAAGAGGGAACCCCUCAGUAUUCCCUGCUGAAAGAGCUGGAGGCGGUGGUUGCGAGUCAGUAUCCAGAGGUCAAGUUCUCCAUGGUCCACAAGAAAAUCAACCUGGCUGACGACAUGCUGGCGUGGGAGCACGAACGUUUCGGGAUUCGCCGCCUGCCCGCCUUCACUCUGUCCCACCUGCCCUCGCACCGGCUGGCUCAGCGCUCCAGCAUCAUGGACGUGCGGUCAGUGUCCCCCUCCUCUCGCCACGGAGCGGGAGAGCCCCCUGCUGGGCCUCACGUAGAUGUGAAGAAGCUCAGCAGGAACACCAAGCUGGUAGCAGAGGCUCUGGCGAGGGUCGUCUACAACCUUACAGAAAAGGGAGCACCUGGAGACCUGCAGAUUUUCACUGAGCAGAUGCAGGUGCAGGACGAGCAGCUGUCAGCCGUGGUGGACUGGCUCACGGCGCAGCCCAGAGCUGCUCAGCUGGUGGACAAAGACAGCACCGUGGUGUCCACCCUGGAGUAUCACCUGGGACGCUACCUCAAGGAUGUCAAAAGACACUACGUCAAAGCUGACAAGAGGGAUCCAGAGUUUGUGUUUUAUGACCAGCUGAAGCAGACGAUGAAUGCUUACAGAGUGAAGCCCGCUAUCUUUGACCUGCUGCUGGCUGUCUGCAUCGCAGCCUACCUGGGGAUGGUGUAUUUGGCUAUCCAGAACUUUGGAGUCCUGUACAGUGUUGUCCGUAGAAUCACUCAACCCAAGGCCAAGGCCCACUAAGGCGUGCAGCAGCGUUUAUUGCCCCGGACCCUACUGUACCCUUUUUCCUCAAAUUCAAUAAACUCUGGCCAAUAAGACACUGAGGCUGGACCGAGCUGCUGUUGUCACGAUGGUUUCCAAACCAGCAGAAUCACUUCCAUUUCCUUCGUCCCUAAUGCACAAACAAUGAUGUCAGAUCCUGUCUUGCUGCCAACUUUGACCCGUUUGGUCUCAUGGACCAGAAUAAUCAGGAAUCAUUUCAGUCUCCACAGACGUCUCUGUCAUUCAUUCAGCGUGGUCACUCGUGUUGUUUUUAACCUCUAACGACGGGGGUUAAUCUCACAGGUCAUGAUGAGAUUGGUUGAGAUGUCACGUGGCUGCACCGAUCGCUCCCCGUCCCUCUUCUCGGCGUACUUCACGAGCCAAACGUCGUGACGUCACGUGUCGUCUCAGGCAGCUAGAGGGAGAAGCUGACCGCACAGUUUAUCCCAGAAUUUCCUUUUGUCAGGAGGGCCGAUCACCAGGGAGUCUCUCUAAAUAUAACGCUCGCACGAUCGGCCGCUGACGGUUCGCUGUGUCUGAAACCGUCCAGCGUGUAGACUGUGAGCGUUGUGUCGAGAGCGACUGGAGCGUGACAGCCUCAAACACGAGUACUGUUUACGGACACGACGUCGAUCUGUCUAAAUGAAAUGUGAAGUAGCUAUUAGAUCGUAUCUCCAUGCCUUUAAUACAAACCCCGUCACAUCAUUAAUGUAGUUGUGUAGUGAUAGUUUUCACUUUGGCGUUUCUGUUUGCUUUUCGUGCCAUUUGUUUGUUUCCUGUGUCGUCUUUGUCUGAUUUGCCUUUUUUAAAUCGAGAAACGGUCACGCUGGUGGCACCAGCUACUCGGAGAGCUUUUCAAAAUGUCACAUGGAGCCAUGUUUUGUUUUUCUUAUCUAAUCAAUAAAAUGAGCCCCUCCCCCUUUCACCCCUUUUCUAAUCAGUAGAUGGGACCUUUUGCUGACUUGCAAAUAUGAUUUGACCAAAUCAGAUCUUUUUAAAUCCUUGCCCUCGUCUUUGCUUUGGGUGAAAAGUGUUAAUUUGCUUUUUUUAAAAAAUGUAUUUUCUCUGUUACCACAUGACCUGUGACCCCCCGCCCCCUCCCAAUCAGCAGACCCAUGGAGGGGGAACUGACUGUGUGGUAGAUAUGAGUUAUAAUUUAUUAAAUGGCUUUGUUUUUGUUUGUGCACUGAAUCUGCUUCAUCUGCAACACUUGAUCUUUGCAAUGAAAGUGAAAACGGUUGUGAUUAAAAAUAAAUGACACAUGAAAAACA